AUGUCAUAUAUUUGUCGUGAAUGUCAUGCAACUCUGCGCUCAAUAGGUGCACUUUGCACUCAUUUGCAGAUGAUUCAUUUUUUUAAUGUUCUUAGUAUUUACACUUGUGCUCAAAAUGAUUGCAAUAGAGAGUAUGACUCUGUCAAGUCUUUCAGGAAACAUUUGAGAACAAAACAUCCUAUCAGACCCCAUUCAGAAGUCCAAGUAGUGGAAAAUAUCUUAUUACCUGAGAAUGUCAUUGAGAUUAAUCAUGACAAUGCUUCUAUAGAUGGCAAUUCUUUGAUGCCUAUAAAUGAAAAUAUACCUAAUAAUUUGCAAGGGAACAAUGUGGACAUUAGACAAUUUCAUGAAAUAACUGUCUUGAAUUUUCAAAAUUCUCUAUUUCUCAUUCUAUUUCAGUCGUCUUUGGCUCUUGUUGCCAAGUUAUACAAUGACAUUACUCUCAAUCGCACUCAAGUACAGAAUAUUCUCAGUCAUGUUAAGAAAUUUGCUUCAAAUGGUUUCUUAGAAAUGUUAAAGGAUAAAACUCUUACUGUAGUUAAGAAUAACAAUGUACCUCAGGAAGAGAUAGAAGCUUUAGAUGCUAUGUUUGCUGAAUUCCACAAUAUGUUUUCUGGUCUUGAAACUGAGACUCAACAAGUGAAUGCCCUGAGACAGAGUCAUUGUUAUAUAAGUCCCAAGUCAUAUAUUAUAAGCAUAGGUGAAAAAAUGAAAAAAAUUAAAGGUAAUUUGGCUUUGACACCAGUUGAAUGGACUGGUCAAUUUAUUUCUAUGAAACAAACAUUAAAACAGUUUUUGGAAUUGCCUGAUAUCUUUAAUGCCAUAAUGAGCAAUGUUGAAAAUCUUCAAAAUUCUGAGUCCUUUACAAAUAUCGUGCAAAGUCCUCUGUGGAGAAACAUACAACAAAAUUAUUUUGAAAAUCGUUCUGUUCUACCUCUAGAUGUGUACUUUGAUGAUGUAGAACCUGAUAAUCAAACAGGCUCCCAUUCAGGUGACCACAGCUUGGGAAUAAUGUAUUAUCGCAUCCCAUGCAUUCCACAAUAUUUGCUUUCCUCAUUGGAGAAUAUUUUUGUUGCUUGUGUAUUCUUAAGUGAUCAUAGAAAUGGCUAUAAUAGAGAGGUAUUUGAACCUGUUAUUAAUGAACUAAGAAAUCUAGAAAUAAAUGGUAUUGUCAUUCAAACAGAAUCAGAGCAUACCAUUUAUUUUGCUUUGUCUCAAAUUCUAGGAGAUAAUUUAGGGCAGCAUGCCAUAACUGGCUUUGUGGAAUCAUUUAAUGCACACUAUUAUUGCAGAUUUUGUAAAGAACACAAAAAUACCAUGAGAAGGCAAUUCAGAAAGAAUAUUUUAAUGCUUCGCAAUAGAAUAAAUUAUGAAGAUGAUGUACUAAGAGUGUGUCAUUAUGACUUAUGUGCUAUAUUAGACUAUCUCAUUAAUCAUAUGGGUUUUUUCAAUCUUGAGACUCUGAAUGAUCGUGUUCAGAACUUUGAUUAUGGUAAUUCAGGUGACAAGCCCUCAUUAAUUGCUGCAGAUCACAUUCGCAAUCAAAAGUUAAAAAUGUCUGCAUCUGAAAUGAUGUUUUUUGUAUGCCACUUAGGUUUAAUAAUUGGAGAUUUGGUGCCUGAGCAUGAUGAAGCUUGGAGAGUAUACAUAGUUCUUGCUGAAAUACUAGACAUUGUGACAGCUCCAUAUGUUAGACGGCAGUUAACCGAGUACCUUUCAAUUUUAAUUGCCGAACAUCAUGAGAUGUAUUGUAGAGUUUUUAAUAAGACCUUGAAACCUAAACAUCAUUUCAUGGUGCAUUAUCCUCGUAUUAUGAAUUUCGUAGGACCAAUGAUAAAUAUUUGGUCAAUGAGACUAGAAGGAAAGCAUCGCCCUGUCAUAAAGAGAAUAGCAGAUAAUAUGAGUUGCCGUAAAAAUUUACCUCUUUCAAUUGCAAAAAGAUAUGCACUUGCAUGUUGUGCAAGGAUUUUGAGUAAGCGAGGUUUCUCAAAUAACAUUCAGUACCAUCCAAAGGAACGCAGGCUUGUAAAUUGUGAGAACUUUGAAAUGUUUCAAAAUAUUUUACCUACUGAAUUGGAACAAUCACUUGCAGUCAAAGAAGCAGUUAUUUGUGGUACCUGCUACAAAUCUAAUAUGAUCCUUGUUAUUAAUUACGCAGAGGACUUGCCUAUAUUUGGAAACUUGUGUUGGAUAGUAAGACCACAAAACGCACAAAAGCGACCUUUCUUUCUCUUGUCAGGAUUACGGACCGUUAAUUUCAAUGAACACUUGCACUCCUAUGAAAUUAGGCCCACUGCAGAAUGGUUCCUGAUUGAGUACAAAGAUCUUGUAUCUUUUUAUCCAUCCAUUGCUCAUGUGGGGUCUGAUGGAAAUACCUAUGUGACUUUUAGACACGUAUUGUAA